CGUUCCUGCACUUCGCAUCAACCCGCCCUCUCCUCCUGCUCUUGCGCCUGGUAUAAGAGUCGCCCUCACCCACACUUCGCGGUUUCCUCUUCUCUUCUCUUCAUCCAUCCCACACAACUACCACUCACACUCAUCAAGCUUCAUCAAUCACUUUCAUCUCAUCCAAACUAUCAUCUUCGCUUUUUGCGCAAUCACUCAAUCCAUCAAAAAUGCCUCCAAAAGCUGCCGAGAAGAAGCCCACCACUGGUGGCAAGGCCCCAGCUGGCAAGGCUCCUGCUGCUGAGAAGAAGGAAGCUGGCAAGAAGACCGCGGCCGCUCCCUCUGGUGAGAAGAAGAAGCGUGGCAAGACGCGAAAGGAGACCUACUCUUCAUACAUCUACAAAGUCCUCAAGCAAGUCCACCCUGACACUGGUAUCUCCAACCGCGCCAUGUCCAUCUUGAACUCUUUCGUCAACGACAUCUUCGAGCGUGUUGCCACCGAGGCCUCCAAGCUUGCUGCCUACAACAAGAAGUCCACCAUCUCAUCCCGAGAGAUCCAAACCUCCGUCAGACUCAUCCUGCCUGGUGAGCUUGCCAAGCACGCUGUCUCGGAAGGCACAAAGGCCGUCACCAAGUACUCCUCCCAGAGCAAAUAAAUGGGUUCAUAGGUGCACGGGAAUGCUUGUUCUUGGGUUUUUUGCUUGUGUUUUCUGCAAUGGGGUUGUGGCACAAUGGAACAACGGUGUUGAAUGGUUUUACAACACAUUAUGAUGCGUCAUGGGAUUCGGGGACAACCGUGAUGAGCUCGGGACAGGCUUUGAAAUUGCUUGCUCAUCCAGAUCAGAUCAUGCUUUACGGGUUUUCCACUGGCUUUUGCUAUCCAUCAUGAUUGAACAUGCUGGAAAGUCAAUGUACAAUAUUCACAGAGCCAUGAGACAUUGAGACGGCAUGAAUCUCAAGUUUUUCGGCUUGAAGAUACAAAGCUGGAAUAUGAGAUACUGAAACAAACUCAAAGCAUGAAAUCAACCUUCAAAACCUGUUCCUUGUUGCGCAUCUUUUUGCUUCUGCCUGCAGUCUGCACUUUGACUUGCGACUGAGUUUGGCAAUGUUUGAGACGCGUCGAGAACGCUGCGCGCUAGACGCACGUCGGCGUCAACAUGUGAACUGGAGGCUGGGAUUGAGACUAUGUGACAACAGAUCAGCGCGUUUUUGACGUUUGUAAUGGGAGAAACAAGCAUCGGAACAGGGGGUCAUUACUUGGGAUAUGCGCGGUGCUUCGAAAAUGAUCCACCAGUGAUGCAGAGAUCCAGAACCGAGACUGUACUGUCGCAUUUAUUGUAUACCAGAGUACUGCAAAACCCAUCCACAACGCCCGAGCAUACAGUCAUCACUAGAACAUAUCAUUUGCAAUCGUUUCAAGCAACGCGCACAGGAGC